CGUUAGAAUGUCAUCGUUCCGGAACGAUAGGUUUCAGUUGACCGUUAAAAGUGUCAGAACACGUUAGAAAAAUAUUUAUACAAUGGAGAGGAACGUUUUGGUGCAAAUAUUGGUAGAAGUAGAGAGAAGGGACAGAAUGAGAAAUUUGUCUCGGUUUUUAAGAGAUGUAAACGACCCCUUCUUCGUUCCAGAAGAAUCCUUUAGGAAGACCUACCGACUGUCAAGGCAAGCGGCAAGGGAUGUAUUUCAAGAAAUACUGCCGCGAAUGGAACGAGGAAGGAGGGCAACAAGAACUCCGUCAGUUGUAAGAUUUAUGGUUUCCUUACAUUUCUUUGCCCAAGGAAGUUACCAAAAAUCUGUGGGCAAAGAUCAACACUGCGCCGUCUCGCAAAGUGUAGUCAGCAAAUCUCUGAAGGAGGUAACAAACCUUUUAGUGGAAAUUGCUCCAAGAUACAUACAGUUUCCCAGAGAUAUGCAAGAGGCUGUCGCCGUGAAAGCGGGAUUUUACGAAAAAUUUGGGUUUCCCGGUAUAGAGGGAUGCAUUGACGGAACUCAUAUUCUUAUUUUUCCCCCUCCUGCAGAACAUCCUGUUCAUCCUGGCAGAGUGUAUGUGAACAGAAAGAACAGUCAUUCCAUAAACUGUCAGCUAAUAUGCGACUCUAAUUUGAAAAUUUUAAAUAUCAACGCUCGUUUUCCCGGGUCAGUUCACGACAGUGCCGUUUGGAUGAUGAGUAAUGUUAAGGAAAUUAUGAGAAACAACCAUAUGCAGGGCGAUAGAACAACAUGGCUUUUAGGAGAUUCAGGGUAUCCUUUAGCACCGUUUCUUUUGACCCCUAUCAUUGGAGCUGAAGAUAAUACACCAGAGGGCCGUUACAACAAAGCACAUAUUCGUGCGAGGAACUGUGUUGAACGUUGUAUUGGUCUGCUGAAAUCAUAUUUUAGGUGUUUGCUCAAAGACAGAGUUCUGCACUAUUCACCAGAAGUUGCAGGGAAAAUUAUAUACUCAUGUGCUGUUUUACACAAUAUCUUACGGAUAAGAAAUAUUGAAAAUGACGAAAUCAACAUUGUCUAUGACAAUGAGAACUACAAUAAUGAAGAACUGGAAUAUGAAGAACACAAUUUACUGCAUGAAGGGCGCAUCACAAGAAAUAAUUUAAUACUACAACAUUUUCAAUAA